UUUCCCUUUCCCAUUACCGUAAUGGCGUCCGAACCAAAGAUUCCAAAACGCUCAUCAGAACACGUUUCGCAGGAUCUAGAGUUUAUCACUAUCCCAGGUGAUGCUCUCGAUCGGACGCCGAAAACGUUGGAUUCCGUCAGCGAAAAGGGCGUUGGCACUGCUCCGUCCCCAAAUGCAGCACCCCAGAAGCCCAUGGCCAGGGGUUCUUGGAGUCUUGCUUUGGUUACUCUUUCUCUCGCGUUGGGAACAUUUUUAAUCGCCUUGGACACCACUAUCGUGGGCAUCGCCAUACCAACCAUCACAACGCAGUUCCACUCCCUUGAUGACAUUGCUUGGUAUGGGAGCGCGUACCUCAUAACAUUAACAGCUCUUCAACCCUCUUUCGGAAGGAUCUACAAGCUGUACAGCGUCAAGAACACCUAUUUGGCUUGUGUAGCAGUCUUUGAAGUCGGUUCGAUUAUAUGCGCUUCGGCGCCGAGAUCGGCAGUUUUCAUUGUUGGGCGAGCCAUUGCGGGAUGUGGAGCUGCCGGCCUUUUCCAGGGAGCCUUGAACAUCAUUACAAACACUGUGCCAUUACAGAAGCGCCCACAGUAUAUGGGAAUCGUCAUCAGCGUGUUCGGCAUAAGCGCGUGCGUGGGGCCGGUGUUGGGUGGUGCCUUUACUCAAGGCGUUAGCUGGCGCUGGUGUUUCUGGGUGAACGUUCCUAUCGGGGCCUUCACUUUCUUCCUAGUUCUGAUAUUCCUCAAACACAAAGAAGACAAACCCCAUCCAGGCACGAUCCUCGAGCAGAUGAAGCAGCUGGAUCCAAUUGGGGCGGCUACCAUAAUCGCUGCAGUUUGCUGCUUAUUCCUCGCUCUUCAAUGGGGGGGACAUUCGAAACCCUGGAAGUCGGCAACCAUCAUCGGACUUUUCAUAGGAUUCGGCAUGCUCUUUUUCUUUUUCUGCUUCGCGCAGUACAAGAUGGGCGAAAACGCGACAACACCUCUGAGGGUUUUGAGGCAACGCUCAAUUUUAUUCGGCGCCUUGUUCCUGUUCUCGUCAGCUAUGUCGGCCUAUGUCUACGGGUACUAUCUUCCAAUCUACUUCCAAUCAAUCAAAGGAUCCUCUCCUACAAAAAGUGGGCUCCAGUUCAUGGCGUUAGCACUGCCUCAGAUCUUCGCACUGAUUCUGGCGGGCGCGCUCACUACGAAGUGGGGUCAUUAUGUUCCAUACAUGAUAGUCGGUACUGCCAUAAAUGUCGUCGGCUCAGGCUUCCUUAUCACUCUUGACACAGACACGCCUACGCUGAAGUGGGCGGCAUACAUGGUUGUGACUGGUAUAGGGACUGGAAUUGGCGUGAACCUGCCAUACACAGCUGUACAGGUUGUGCUUCCGGAGAUUGAUAUACCAUUAGGGAAUGCGAUCUCGCAAUUUGCUUACCAGCUUGGAGCCUCCAUUGGCCUUGCUGUUGGUCAAACUCUAUUCCUCAACCAGUUGACUUCGGAACUAUCGAAGAGAACGUCACUCGUUUCCCCUGCAGCCGUGAUUGCGGCUGGCGCUUCCGACCUUCAACGUCUUGCACCAACGCCAGAGCUGCUUCGCAUUCUGCUGGAAUCAUACGCUAGUGCGAUCCGUCAUGCUCUAAUCUUCGCUCUCGCGGUUGUAUGUCUUGCGUUUGCUUUCACAUUUGGGAUGGAGCAUCGCAACGUCAAGACAGCUGCUGAGAAAGGGAUUGUGGAGGGCACUAACGUCCAAACACGCGAAGAAGCCUAA